UAACACCAUGUUGAAAACUCUGCUGCUGCUCGUCGUAAUUGUGUCCAGUUCCUGGGCCGCGGACUACGAACUAUUGCUUGAGGAUCCCGAUAUAUUUUCUCCCUGUACCGAACCACCACCCGGAUCGAUUAAUUUCCACGAGGCAUUCAACAUUGACAACCUGGUACUAAACCAGGAUGCCGACAUCAUUCACGUCUCUGAGAAUAUCACCACAAACUGGGAUGUGGAUCCCAACGAUCGCAUAUCCGCCAGGUUCGCAUUGAUGCACUUCAACCGCGGCAACUGGGAACCCACUCUAUUCACCAUGGUCUCACAGGACUUUUGCGCAGCCUUAUUCGACGAGAGUCAGUCAUGGUUUAAACAGUGGACCAAGCACAUUUCAAACCGGGACGAGGUGCAGAAGAAGUGCUUGAAAACGCGUGGUACUGUUUGGAUGCAUAACCCAUUCGACCUGCAGCUGCGCCUAAAUGACAUCCGUGGCGCUAGUCUUCAGGGACGCUACAAAGCGGUGGUCACCUUUGAAGCUUUUGACGGGAGGGAUGUACCUCAAAGGAACAGCAUAUGCUUCGAAAUCAGAGGAGAGGCGGAGAAGAUCAAGAAAUAAGAUUUCUUAGCUCUGCAAAGGAUGCAAUUCAU